GUGAAAAGUGUUUUGAAAACAUACAACGGCAGUCUUUUUGUACACGAUCAUUGAUUGGGUUCAUUUUUAUAUAUUAGUAUAUUUCUAUAUUACAUUAAAAUGUGUUAUGUAGCUAGAAAAUAAAUAGAUACCUAAUUUUGCUUUUGGUUUUAUAAUUAAAGAAAAGUAAAAAUUUUCGAAGAAUUUCAAGUGGUGUCAAUGAGGUGAUGUCAUAUUCUGGAAAAACAUCUUCGUCUGUGUCUAGGAGAGUGGCACACAUCCGGUUUCGGAAUAAAGCAUCCCAGCGCGACAGAACUGACGCCGAACGCCGAGCAAACGUAUGGAAGAAAAUUUUAGACGAUGUUUGCGAUCAGUGUUCAUUGCACGGUCUCAAUCAUAUCGUCGGAAAGGACCGGAGCGCCGGAGAAAAAGCGUUCUGGUCAGUAACUGUAAUAUGCGCCAUGCUGUUUGCAACUUACGCGAUCGUCGAAUCGUGGAAAACAUACAAAAAGAGUACAAUUGAUACGGUGAUCGAAACGACAUUUUUAAGCUACGCCGAUAUAGCGUUUCCGAUGGUGGUGAUAUGUGACAGUUCAAGAGUAGACUGGGAACGGGUCAUGCAGUUGACCGCAAAAGACGUUCCGGGAAUCGAUCCUGGUCUAUUGCCCGCCGUAAGAAAAUUGUUGAAAACAUUCUCUGUGUUAUCAUAUGGCGAUUUUGAUGAGUUUGACGAGCUGAGGAACAUAACAGAACUGCCUAAACUUAUCCGGCUAAACAUUACCGAACUUCUAGUGAAGGUAAUGAGACCAUGUGAAGAAGUUUUUUCCCAUGGAAGUUGUUGGUGGAACUUCAAACUAGUAAACUGCUGUGAUAUAUUCGAGUUGCAGCGCACCGAAUUCGGCCUUUGCCAUUCAUUUAAUUCCGAUUUUUCCGAGUAUAGUAGAGCAAGACUCGGUGCGGAUUCGGGUCUAAUUGGUGCGUUUUGGCGAACAGAGUCCGGAGAACUCCGACCAAGAAGGACAGGCGACAAUGGUCAGUGGUCUGGUGUCAGGAUGUAUGUAUCAACAAUGACACCGGAACAGGUCGCCCCCGGAGUGGACGCAAAACCAUCGACACGGAUAAUGAUUGGAGAACCCAGAGGCGCUCCCCUUGGAUCAGAUAUGGUCGUGACGGCGGGUAGCAUUGGCAACGUUCAUGUGUGGGGAGAUAGAAUAUACAACACGCCGAGGACGAAAACACUGACUCCGAAAAAGCGAAGGUGUCUUUUCGCUGAUGAAAGUUCCACCGGAAUGGGUACAAAUUAUUACUUACGAAGGAAUUGCAAAACAGCGUGUUACAUGGAUCACGUAAUUCAGCACUGCGGCUGUUAUUUAGAAUUCAUGUUCGGUCUCAUGCGUCAAAACGAUUCAUUGCGGCCAUGCAACGUCGAAGAUUUGUUAUGCCUGUCUGAGAAAAAUCAGUUUUUCAAAAGUCUUAUACCACCCGAACAGACUGCGCUUAUGACAAGUAAUCUGCCAGGGCUGAAAUGCGAUUGUAUGCCGGAUUGCGUUCACCAAAUGUACUUGUCUGAACUGACUAUCGCUGAACCAUCCAUUUCGACAGUGUUGAAUUCCUCGUCGUCUAUAUUGAUCGACGCACACUUCACACAGAGCACGUGCAUACUUUACAGAUCGGACUUGGUCCUCGGAUGGCUCGACUUGUUGGUGUCGUUUGGCGGUUGCGCUGGUCUGUUUCUAGGUGGGUCAUUGUUGAGUUUCAUCGAACUUAUAUAUUUUUUGACAUGGAAAGCUUAUCACCACUGGCGCCAAACACCGUCAACAACGGUGCUCACUUCUAAAUCAAAAAAAAAACGCAAAGGUCGUAUAAUCGAAGACACUUGGACGAUCGACGAUACUCAAACGAAUAACAACAGUCAAGAUGCUCGUUUUUCAUAUCAUUUAUAGAUAUUUUAGACCGUUUUCGAUUAGUACAGAUAAUAUUAUGUAUAAUGAGAUAAUACAAUACUAUACAUAUUGAAUAGAUAUUAUUAUUACACUAAUGUACAUCACGAAUAGGAUAUUGUGUCAUUGCAUCUACCUAAAUUCAUCUGUGUACGUAUACUUAUGGCACCGCAGCCAUAGUAAUUUUCGUAUAUAUUUUAACAUCGGUAAAUUAAAGAUUCAAUGUUAAAUCGAAUGAAAAAAAAUAUUACAUUCUUUGA